AUGGGCUCACCUUUGGCCUCCCUUGGCAAGACCCGAAGAGUGCCCCUGCAGUCAGAGCCUGUGAAUCCAGCCAGGCGAGGGAUAAAAAUCUACGGAGAUGAAGAUGAGGCAGACGUGCUGAAUAAUGGACUUGGCCCAGAAGAAAAGAUCGCUGUCCCUUCCUGCUAUGGCGGCAUUGGUGCACCUGUGAGCAGACAAGUCCCCGUGUUCCGUGACUCGGAGCUGGUGGCCACCUUGACCAGGAAGAUGCGGGAUCUGGAGCGGCAAGUGAGGUCUCAGACUGAUGAGCUGCUGUCCAAGAACCCCCAGGUCUGCCUGUCCCUGCUUGUCUUGCUGCUGCAGGAUCGGAAGAUACGGGCCCUGGAGGAAAUGGUGCAGAACCUCCAGGAGCACCAGGGCCAGGUCAGGACGCAGCAGCAGCAGGACCUGGAGACCACAUGCCUGCGGCUCCAGCGCCAGGUUGAGGAGAUGGAGCGGUUCCUCAGUGACUACGGGCUGCAGUGGGUGGGCGAGUCUGUGGACCAGGAGGGCUCAGACAACCAGGCAGACUCAGAGGAUGGCAAGAGGGACUGGAUGACAGCCAAGAAGUUCUGGAAACCAGGGGACUCAUUGGUGCCCCCCGAGGUGGACUUUGACAGGCUGCUGGCCAGUCUGAAGGAUCUCAGUGAGCUGGUGGUAGACGGUGACACGCAGGUGACACCAAUGCCUGGUGGAGCACGGCUCCAUGUCCUUGAGCCCAUCCCACUGAAGCUCUAUCGGAAUGGCCUCAUGAUGUUCGAUGGGCCCUUCCGGCCCUUCCAUGACCCCUCCACACAGCGCUGCCUCCGAGACCUGCUGGAUGGCUUCUUCCCCUCAGAGCUCCAGCGGCUGUACCCCAAUGGGGUUCCCUUUAAGGUGAGUGAUCUGCGCAAUCAGGUCUACCCGGAGAAUGGGCUGGACCCGUUCCCAGGGGAGGGCCGCGUGGUGGGCCGUCAGAGGAUUCACAAGCCGCCGGGCAGGAUGGAGCACCCAGCCCCUCCCCAGGCCAAGGCUCCCAAUGCACUCCCUGCAGGCUCCAAGAUGACUGCGGAGAAGUUUCUGAACAGGCUCCCCAAGUUUGUGAUCCGGCAAGGGGAAGUGGUUGACAUCCGGGGACCCAUCCGAGACACCCUGCAGAACUGCUGCCCAUGGCCUGCCCAGGUCCAGGAGAUUGUGGUGGAGACACCAGCCUUGGCUGCUGAGCGUGAGAGGAGCCAGGAGUCACCCGAGUCACCGGCGCCUCUGCUCUCCAUGCUGCGCAUCAAGUCUGAGAACGGUGAGAAGGCCUUCCUGCUGAUGAUGCGGCCCGAGGACACUGUUGGUGAUGGCUGUGGACGCCACCAGCUUCGAGAUCAUCAGUACCUUCCCACCCACAGUCUACAGCGACAACACAAUCACACUGCAGGCCGCGGGCCUGGUGCCCAAUGCAGCGCUGCUGCUUCGGACAAGCCGGGCCCCGCCGCCUGCUCCAGGCCCCAGCUCCAAAUAAAGAGCCCGCUCCCACACAGGCUGCUCCAUGAGGCUCUCUUGGCCAGGCAGACCCGCUGGGCGCCAGGGAAGGCCGGAGCCCCUGCUAGGCUGGGGCGGGGGGCGGUACCGACCCGCCCCCUCUGUAACAUGAGCCCCAGCUGGCAGGCCUGGCUGCUGGGUCUUUGUCCUCUAGGUUCCUCUUUCUUCCCAGAAGGGCUAAGCAGAUCCAGUGGAGGGAAGGCGGGCUCCAGCUCAGCCUCAGCAGGCUAG